AGACGCGACGGGUGGGGAAGCCCCACGAGGAGGAGGAGGAGGAGGGCAGCUGGGUGCUGCCUGGCGGUGGCUGGGCUGGUCCUGUCACCACCUGGUCGACAGGGCCUUGGUCCUGUUGGGCUUGGCUCGGGAAGACCUGUGGCAAGCUGGCGGCGCUUCCCGGCCGCGGGAAGCCAGGUUCAAUUCCGCAGACGCUCCCUAAGCUCUUCCUGCUCCGUGCCGGUCCCCGGCGUUCGCUGCAGGAACUCGGCUGAACGAGGCGCUGUUUCGUGAUGCUCUGGGAGCAACCGACUCUUAAGGGGGAGACAGGAGGCGUCUAGGAAGCCUUACUUGAUUUAGGCCGUAAAGGAGCCAAAUCGCUAGCUGGAAAAAGUAACUGGAGCGUAACAUGUGCAGAGGUGCAUUCGGGGGUCUUCUUGCCUGGGCAGUGGUGAAACUAUGAAUAUCAAAGAGACUUCCAUGAAAAAGAGUAGAGAAAAGAUAAAGCUAUAAAAAUUUUGACCAUGGCUGCGGAGUCUGAUGUUCUGCACUUCCAGUUUGAACAGCAAGGAGAUGCAGUCUUGCAGAAAAUGAAUCUCUUGAGACAGCAGAAUUUAUUUUGUGAUGUAUCCAUUUAUAUUAAUGACACCGAGUUCCAGGGGCACAAGGUGAUAUUAGCUGCUUGCUCCACUUUCAUGAGAGAUCAGUUUUUACUCACACAGUCAAAGCAUGUCAGAAUUACCAUCUUGCAGAGUGCAGAAGUUGGCAGAAAAUUGUUGCUCUCUUGCUAUACUGGAGCACUUGAAGUGAAAAGGAAAGAGCUUUUGAAAUACUUGACUGCUGCUAGUUACCUUCAGAUGGUUCACAUUGUGGAAAAGUGUACAGAAGCUUUGUCAGGAUACCUGGAAAUCGACCUUUCUAUGAAAAACAACAAUCAACAUACCGACCUGUGUCAAUCCUCUAACCCAGAUGUUAAAAAUGAGGAAGAAAAUACAGAUAAAGACUGUGAGAUCAUCGAAAUUUCAGAAGAUAGUCCUGUAAACCUAGAUUUCCACGUUAAAGAAGAGGAAAGCAAUGUGUUGCAGUCUACAGUAGAGAGCCUGACAUCAGAGACACAGGAAAUGAAGUCACCAGAGCUGUCUUCAGUUGAUAUAGGUUUUAAAGACAAUGAAAUUUGUAUCCUCCGUGUGGAAUCUAUAAAUUCCGAUGGUGUAGAAAAUGGGCAGUUUUCACAGCCUUGUACCUCUUCAAAAGCAAGCAUGUAUUUCUCUGAAACACAGCAUUCACUGAUCAAUUCUACGGUUGAGAGCAGAGUGGCAGAAGUUCCUGGGAAUCAAGAUCAGGGCUCAUUUUGUGGGAAUACUGAAGGAAGUCAUGGAACAGCAAAUGAGAUUCAGAACCUGGAAGAUAUUUAUUCACUGAGGCACCAGUGUCCCAGGUGUCCACGAGGAUUUCUUCAUGUUGAAAAUUAUCUGCGCCACCUUAAGAUGCAUAAACUGUUCUUGUGCUUACAGUGUGGGAAAACAUUUACACAGAAGAAGAAUCUCAACCGGCACAUUCGAGGGCACAUGGGCAUACGGCCCUUUCAGUGUACUGUGUGCUUGAAGACAUUUACCGCUAAAAGCACGUUGCAGGACCACUUGAACAUACAUAGUGGGGAUCGGCCAUACAAAUGCCAGUGUUGUGACAUGGAUUUCAAGCACAAAUCUGCCCUGAAAAAGCAUGUGACCUCUGUGCAUGGUCGGAGCAGUGGUGAAAAAAAUACCUAUUCAUGAUCUCAAAAAACAAAAUCUAUUAUAAGUAGAAUCACACCUUGCUAUGGAAGCUAUGUUAGGCAAGUCUUUCUGUAGAAAUGCAACAUUUGUAAUAUUGUUUUCCUCCUCAUCUUUGGGUCUUAUUUUUGGUCUGCCUGUACAUUAUUCUUUCUGAACUUACACUAAGAGUUCCAAAGUGUGGGAGACAUGAUAAAGCUGAUGGAAUGCUAUCUCACAUCUUGUGUUAUAUAAGUCCCAGUUGUAUACCUAGAGAAAUACUGUUCUUCUCUUAAAUAUUAUUGAUUCUAAUGACAGCGGAUCCAGCAGAAUUUCCAUAUUCAGAUUUUGAGUAUCUAUGUAGUUGAUGGAAGUGUAAAAUAACCUAGCCAUGUAAUAACUUUAAUGAGUUAAGAUAAUGGAAAGAUAAAAUUUAAAACAUCCUAUUAUCCAUUAUUAGUCACUUUAAAAUCAGAUAGGAAUAAUAAAUUUUUUAACCUACUGCUUUUGGAUUGCAAAAUAAACACCAAGGUACCUGUUGUUAUAAAAUGUAAAAGAACAUAAUUCAUAUUCACUUGGGAAUAGCAGAAUUUCCUUAUACCUUUCUUAAAAUACUAUUUCCAUGGUUUGUUAGUAUACGUAUUUUAUAAAUUAUUCAUUAGGCCCAAAUGUCUUGAUUUUAUUUAAUGCAGUGGCAUCUAAUAAUUUUGUGGCUAGUAAAAACAUACCAUUGGUUUGAAGCUCUAAAACAUUACUUUUAGAAAUCCCAACUUAACCAAAGGUAUGUUACACCUUUUUUGUUGUAGUUGUUAAAUAUAUUUUUACUGAUUUCAGAGAGGAAUGGAGAGGGAGAGAGAGAAACACCAAUGAUGAGAGAGAGUCAUCGAUCAGCUGCCUCCUGCACAUCCCAUACUGGGGAUCAAGCCCGUAACCCAGGCAUGUGCCCUGACUGGAAAUCGAACCGUGACCUCCUGGUUCAUAGGUCAACACUCAACCACUGAACUAUGUUGGCUGGGCUACCCUUUUAUCUUCUAGUUAACAUAGUAAAGUUGACCUUUGCCAAAUUUGUAUCUAGGUAAUAGGAAUAGUAUGCUCAAAACACUUGUAGCAGACAUCUCUGAGGUCAUCAGACAGAGGAACACUUUCCAUAUCUAGCUCCUUCUCAUUUCUCGUUUCCUUUCUCGAACAGUGAUCCCAUCUGCUAAAUGAUUUGUUUUUGGUAUACAGUUUCAUGAAUCUUUUUUUUUUAAUAUAUUUUAUUAAUUUUUUACAGAGAGGAAGGGAGAGGGACAGAGAGGUAGAAACAUCCAUGAGAGAGAAAUAUCCAUCAGCUGCCUCCUGCACACCCCCUACUGGGGAUGUGCCUGCAACCAAGGUACAUGCCCUUGACCGGAACCGAACCUGCGACUCCUCAGUCCACAGGCCGAUGCUCUAGCCCAGGGGUGGGCAAACUUUUUGACUCGAGGGCCAUAAUGGGUUCUUAAACUGGACCGGAGGGCCUGAACAAAAGCAUGGAUGGAGUGUUUGUGUGAACUAAUAUAAAUUCAAAGUAAACAUCAUUACAUAAAAGGGUACGGUCUUUUUUUUCAAUAGUUUUAUUCAUUUCAAACGGCCGGAUCAGCCCGCGGGCCAUAGUUUGCCCACGGCUGCUCUUGUCACUGAGCUAAACUGGUCAGGGCCAGUUUCAUGAAUCUUAACACAUACAUAGAUUUAUGCAACCACCUCUGUAAUCAAAAUACAGAACAUUCUAUCACCACCGCUAAACUCCUUUAUGCUACCCUUUUGUAGGCAGUUCCUUCUAACUCUACACCCUGCCAAUAGUUCUUCAGUAUAUCUUGCCUUUUCUGGAAUGUCAUAAAUGGAAUCAUAGCAUGAGCUCUUUUGAGAUGCUUCUUUCACCUAGCAUCAUGCCCUUUGAGAUUCAUCCAUUUUGUGUAUGUUAGUAGUCCAUUCCCUUUUCUUUCUGAGUUGUCAUACAUAUUAAUUUUCUUGUUAUCACUAGAUAAACAGUUUAAAGAUGGAAAUCUUAGUGUUUUCUUAAUUAUUAAUAGUCAUUAACAUUAAUGCAAUUUUUAUUUACUAUAUGUUGACAAAAAGCUUAACUAUCUUUAGAGUUUUAUGCUAUUUUCCAGAAAUGUGCCAAAAGCAAAACCAUGACCAUAUGGUUAUUUUACUUACAGUAAUAUUUCAGAUUGUGUUAUGAGCCAUUGCUCUCCAAUAGCCUUGUCUACAUUUAACACAAAACUUUGUUGUCAUAAUACAGAUUAAAAUAUAUUGCAGGGCAAGUCAUAUCUUCUAAAAGACAGGAACCACUUUUAGUAAAAAAGCCUGACUGGAUGCAUCUUACUUUCAAGAUAUUCUAUUCCUCUUCUACUCACCUCAGCUUUAUGUAGCAUUUCUGCUAUAUUUAGUAUCAGUUGAAGCCCUUCCAUAUUUUAAUAUGCAAUAUACUUUGUACCAUUUAUAAGAAUUUUGUGAUGAAUCACAUGUUGAUUGUUAUAAAUGUUCAUUAUCCUUUUUGUGAUACUUGUGAAAAAUAUAUUUUCUAUAGAAUUUUAACUCUGAGAGAGACUUUAAAGAAUCUAGCUCUCAUAUUUGAUAAGAAUGCCAACUUCAUGACCCUUCAGGUCACCAUUUAGUAUCAUUGGACAGGUCACCUCUUGUUGAGCUUCUCUUAAAUUUAUAUGCAAAAUAAUAACUUUGAUCUUGAUCAUUUAUAGAUCAUUUCCAAGUCUAAAAUUCUGUGAUUUUAUAUUUAAAUCUUCCAGAGUUCCUAAGAAUAGAGAAGAGGGGAAAGCAAAAGAGAGUUUGGUGUCUUUUUGCACUAUUUGCUCACUCCAUUGGAGACAGAAUUUUUCUAAAGCAAAUAGUGUUUUUCUCCCACUGGAGAACAUGAUAGUGCAGUGCUUAAUCGUCUUUCCCAUUUGAUCUAUGAUUGGCCAUUUGUAGACAUUUUUCUAUCAGAGAUAGUUUGUGUUUGAAAUACUUAUUUUUGCUUUUUACGGUAAAAUUUAGUUGGGGAGGGAUGAAGAUGGGGUGGGUGAACAAAUAGUAAACUUUUUUGCUAUUGUUUUUUAUGAAUUACCUAUCUUUGAUGUUAUAAAAGAAUUAUGGUUGAACUAUGUUUAAGUUUUAUGUGUGCCUUGUAAGAUUCUUGUGAAAUUUUUUGUAAGCACUUUGAGAUUUUUUGCGUGUGGGGAAGGGGUGUUUUGUGAAAGUGAUGGUUAUUUAUUUAUUUAUUCCUGUUCAUUUAGCACAGAGUGAUCUCAUAACAUUUCUAGGUGAAUGUCUGUUUGCAUGAUGUGCUUAAACAAUUUCAGGAAAAAGAAAUCUUUUUUUAAAUGCAGGCAUGACAAAGUUAAGUGUUGAAUUUAUUCAUUUAAACAUUCACUUUUAGUUGUUUGUUUUUCUAUAUGAUGGGGAAAAUGCAAAAUGUUUGUCUUAAGCCUCUUCAUUUACUGCAUUUUUGAAUAAAAGAUCUUGGAGAGGUAGUUGUUACUUUGGUAUAAGAGAAAAUCCUUUCUUUUUUUUUCCUUGGAUGUAACUAUCAUAUAUGUUUACAUAAGAAAUAAUAAACUGGAGAUGGGAAUGGA